AUUUUUCUUGUUGUUAGUUAUGACAUUAAUAAUAUUAUUAUGAAGACCUACGAAUUAUAUACAUUUUAUUAUUUAACACAUUUAUAAUAUUGUACUAUACUUUCAUUUAUAUUCAAUUUUCUUUUUAAGAGUAAAAAAUAAUAGAGACCGCAUAUAGGUAUAAAGUAAUUUUUUUUUUUAUAAGUCAAUAAAAACUCGUCACAAUGGAUUCCAUUCCUAAGGACAUGAGACAGGCUAGGGCUUGCCUAGUUUGCUCAUUGAUUAAGUCAUUUGAUCAAUUCGAGUUUGACGGCUGUGACAACUGUGAUGAAUUUCUCCGAAUGAAAAAUAACCGGGAUCAUGUUUAUGACUGUACGAGUUCAAACUUUGACGGAAUGGUUGCAUUAAUGAGUCCAGACGAUAGUUGGGUAGCUAGAUGGCAAAAAAUUAAUAGAUUUACAAAAGGAAUUUAUGCUAUAUCUGUAGCGGGACGUCUGCCGCCGAAUUUCAUCAGAGAAAUGAAAGCUAGAGGAAUUCCUUAUCGUCAAAGAGAUACAGCGUUUAAAUAAGUGCUUUAUUUUAUUUACAUACAACAACAUUAUAUCAUGAUAUAUUAUAAUGUAAAUGUAAAAAAAAAUUCUCAUGGUUUUUUUUUCAUCACACUUGAGCAAGACAAUUUUGUACAUUUCGAUGACUAUUUUUAUGAUAAUAAUAUGAUACAUUUUUUCCCCUUUUUUUUUGUAUUGUAAUUUACACGAGUGUAUUAAUAAUAUAACUUAAUAAUGUAUAAAUAAAUC